GGAUGUAUCUUUCCGUUUCACUCCGGAUUCUUGCUGCUGCUUUGUGGUCUUCAUGCUUCUGUUAAACAUGGCUUAUUUUAAAAUCCUUCUGGUUUUGUUUCCAAUUUCUGAGUUAACAGCUCUUCAGCAGGAUGUUCAGGUGAAGCUUGGAGAUGACGUCACUCUUCAGUGUCAGAUUUCAACAGAAGAAAUAAUCUCAGUGCUGAAGUGGAGCAGAGCUGACCUGAACACAGACGGCUACGUCUACUUCUACAGGAACAAACGCUUCUAUGAAAACUACCAACAUCUAUCUUUUCAUGAUCGAGUGAAGCUGAGGGACCCGGAGAUGAAGGAGGGAGACGUUUCUCUGAUCCUGAAGAAUGUUACAUUUAAUGACACUGGGAUUUAUGAGUGUCACAUAGCUGUGAGGAACCCUGUGAGAAGUAAAAGAGCUCACACUGAGAUCAGUCACUUCAUCAACCUCACAGUCACAGGUGAAACACAUGAAAGCGUGUCGGAGAAAAGAGUCAUGGAAAAAGGAAAUGCAGAUGGAAACAUGGAUGAUGCUGAAAGGGUUGGAUCUCUGACUCUUCAGAUGUGCUGAUGGCAGCGUCACUACACAGAAGUGCAAACCAGGAAGUUAAUCACUUUUCUGCAUCAACACAAACUGCCUGAAUGAUAAAGAGUCAAUAUUUGCAUAUGUGCAGGUUUACUGUGAACACUAAGGCAUAUUUUAUGUGAAAUACUGUUACAAUUUGAGUCAAUUUUAUUAAAAUAUCUGUGUUUUAUGAGAAGGUCCCAUAGAGACUGUAUAUUUUAGAUAUGAUCAUUGUCCAACAUCUUCACAAUGAAAUGAAAAAAGUUGUUGUCAUGAUACAACCUGGUGUUAUAAUAUUUGGAGGGAUUGUUGAAGCUCACUGUGAACAAAGCUAAACAUGAAUUAAACAAUGCAAACAAUGAUCCCACCCUGGGAUAUAAAUAGGAAUAAAUAAGUGUGUAUCAUUGAUGAAAGUCAAAACUUUAAUAUUUUUGUUUAUUGCUGCUCAAAAUUGUUAUUUCAGUUUUAAGAGCUGUUGAAUUUUCUGGUAACUGUUGUUUUCGUAUCAACUCCAAGUUAUUGUUUGAAAAUAUUAUUUUUUGAACCAUCCCGAUGAAGCACAGUCAUUCACACUGAUGCUGUUUGUAAGAUAAGGUGGAAGCUGCUCUGUGACAAUGAAUGUAUUUUCAACUUGGCUUGAACGAUCUGUGAAUGCACUGUAGGCUUUGUCUGUCUUUAAAUAUACAGUACUCAUAAAACAGAGCAAACAAAGGAAAAUUUAAAAAAGAAAAGAAAUAAGAAAUUUUAUGUGCUUUGUGUUCUGUGCAAUAUUCCAGUUUACUGUUUAAUAUGUUAUUAAUACACCUGUGUGUAACAGAUUUUUAUAAAAUACUUCUCAUCGGCUGUCCCCAACAUGUGUCAUCAAAGUAUCGGGAAACUGAACACACAGUGGGAGGAGAAAGAGAAACCACUGUAUUUCCUGGUAUUUCCUGUUUCUCACCCAGUGAAAGCCCCAGGCAGGAAACAGAUUUGAAUUUAUCAGAAAGCCUUUGUCCUGUUUUUAAAACACGCCAUUUUUAUUGGCCACAGAGUGACAGCUGAUUUCUGAUUGUUUUAAAGUGUUUUCACAUAAAUGAUUUUGUAUUUUUAUUCUGUUCUUAACUUUGGUCAACACUUGCUGUUUUAAAGAACUUUAUAAAUAAAGUUGGC